AUGUUGAGCAUUAGAGGCGUAAGAAAUUUAGCAAGGAGUGGCAGAGCGUUGAGGAGUAUCUCUACGUCCACCGCACGCAGCUCAGAUGCACUCUUUGUGCACAGAGACACGGAAUACAACAACAGCUCAAUCCCAUUCAAAUUCAACAGCCAAAAUGAACCAAUUACAAAAGAGAUAUUAAGCAGAUAUCCUCCACAGUACAAGAAAGGCGCUAUUAUGCCCCUUCUAGAUCUCGCUCAACGCCAAAACCAAGGUUGGACAAGCAUAAGCUGUAUGAACGAGGUGGCAAAGAUUGUCGAGGUACCUCCAAUGAGAGUUUACGAGGUAGCCACGUUCUAUACUAUGUACAAUAGGGAACCAGUGGGUGAUCACCUCGUACAAGUCUGCACUACAACGCCGUGUAUGUUGAACGGUGCUUACGAUAUCAUGCACGCUAUCGAAAAGGAUUUGCACGUCAAGCCAGGCCAUACGACUAAUGAUAAGAAGUUCACUCUCCUUGAGGUGGAAUGCUUGGGCGCUUGCUCUAACGCUCCAAUGAUGCAGAUCAAUGAUCACUACUACGAGGAUCUCAACAACAAGAGCACACUCGAUAUCAUUAACCAGCUCAAGAAUGGUAAGCAGCCUCACAUCGGCCCUCAAUCUACCAGACACACCUGCGAGAACAGCAGCGGUCUGACCAAUCUCACUGAAAAACCUUAUGGUCCUGGUGAACACUGCCAGCCUGAAUUCCAGUAA